GUCCCACAUCAUCAUCAUCAUCAUCAUCUCUCUCUCCAUAAACAACAUUCAACCAUCUUCCCCUUCAAGCCCACAAGCUUCUCUGCACUCGAACCAGUAAUCCAUGGAAUCCGAAACCCUAAAUCUCGCAAACCAAACAAGCAACAACAGCGACAGCACCGAAACAGAGCAGACGGAGUUCGAGAAGAACCAGAAAAAGUACCAAGAACUGAUCGCGAAGCUUCCAACGACCAAAGGAUGGAGACCCAGCGAGAUCCUGUCCGAAUUCGGUGGCCACUGGUGGCAACAGUCUCUCCUCGAAGGCCUGCUUCACGCCAAGGAGUAUUUCCAAGCUCGACCCACCGAUUUCCUCAUCUGCAGUUACCCUAAAACCGGCACCACUUGGCUAAAGGCCCUCACUUUCGCCAUCUCCAAUCGAUCCAAGUUCGGCGACGAUGACAACCCCCUUCGCAAACGCUUCGCCCACGAGUUCGUGCCCUACGUAGAGAUCGAUUUCGCGUUUUUCCCGCAGGUGGAUGUCCUCAAGGACCAGGGUAACUCUCUGUUCUCCACUCAUAUCCCUUACGGGUCGUUGCCCGAUUCGAUCCUGGACUCUGGUUGCAAGAUGGUUUACAUCUGGAGAGACCCAAAGGACACUUUCAUCUCCAUGUGGACUUUCCUCCACAAGGAGAAGUCCCAAGACGGCGAGUUGGCCAGCCUCGAGGAGGCAUUCGACAUGUUCUGUCAAGGGUUGUCGGUGUACGGACCGUAUCUUGAUCAUGUUUUAGAGUACUGGAAGGGACACAGUGAGAAUCCGGAGAGGAUAAUGUUUCUCAAGUACGAAGAAAUGAGGGCGGAUCCGAUUCCGUACGUGAGGAGAUUGGCCGAGUUCAUGGGGCAUGGCUUCAGUGCAGAGGAGGAGGAGACAGGGGCCGUGGAGAAAGUGGUGAAUCUCUGUAGCUUCGAGACGUUGAAGAACGUCGAGGCGAACAAAGGGGACAAGGAACGGGAAGAUCGACCUGCAGUUUACGCGAACAGUGCGUAUUUCAGGAAGGGAAAGGUCGGGGAUUGGCAGAAUUAUCUCACUCCCGAGAUGGCUGCUCGGAUCGACGGAAUAAUGGCCGAGAAAUUCAAAGGCACGGACUUGAUUCAGAAGAAAGAUUGAAGCCGUUUCGCGAACCAUUCUGCAAUAAUCUGGCCCUCCAUUGAUGCCAACAAGAACUUGCUCUGUUUUCAGUUUGUUUUUGAGUGAAUUAUUGUUUAAUGAAGAGAAGAUCACUUUCAAUUAACCGAUAAGAUCAAAUGAGAAAAUAUGGAUACUGAAA